UAGCUGUUCUUUUCACUUUCGUUGCGCAUUUUGUACACAAGUUUCGUGAUAUUUAACUAAUUUGCAUUAAUUAACGAAGCGCUUAAGCGCAAUGUAGGAUUGUGUAAGAUUAAAGUGCAAGAGUAGCAAAAAUGAAGUCUUGGUGCAGCGGCAGCAGCAACAUCAACAGAUAAUAAUAGCAUCUAGGCAGCGGCACGACGCAAGGUAAGGAAGUGGCUGCAAACCGGAAAAUUAAAACUGGUCCGGGGCCGAGGACACUGAGGUUCAUUGCACUCAGCGAUGCGUAUGCUGCAGCUGUUGUCGCUUUGGCUGCUCUGCAGCCAUGCAACAGCCGCCAAUAUCCUGGCCGUGAUGCCCAGCGUCUGGAGAUCACAUUAUCUAUUUGGACGUCGGUUAAUGCAGCAACUGGUGGCAGGUCCGCAGAACCACUCAGUUACGCUGAUAAGCCCGCAUGCAAGGGGCGAGACUGAUGUGGCGGCACCGCUCUACAAAAUACGUGAGAUACGCAUCGAGGAUCAGGAUCUCAUGCAGAACUGGUUGGACAUGGGCAUGAGCUUCGAGGCGGAGCAGAUGCACGCCCAAAGCGUCAUGGAACGCUUCACCCGUAUGAUCUAUGCGGGCACCACAAAUGUGGAUCUCCUGCUAUCGGAUGCGCGGGUGCAGAAACUGCUCACCAGCGGCGAAAAAUUCGAUUUGCUAAUCGUGGACUUGUUCUUAAGUGAUGCAUUGCUUGGUUUUGCCUAUUACUAUGGUGUGCCCACCGUUGCCAUCAGUCCCACCGGUGCCAAUUCGUGGCUCAACAACAUGUUUGGCAAUCCGCAAUCUGCCUCCCUGGACCCGAGUAACUUUUUACCCUUUACGGAGCGCAUGAGUACACGGGAACGCAUUGCAAACACUCUGAUGAGCACCUUUGAGCGCUUGACCUACAACUUUUUCCAUCUGAUCUCACAGCAAUCGGUUUACUCCAAUCACUUUGAGGUGCUGGUGAAUGAGCUGCCGAAUUAUCGCGAAUUGAGCAAGAAUUUGAGCCUCGCGCUGAUUAACUCCCAUCCCGCUAUGGAUUACCCUCGCGCCUACUUGCCAAAUAUGUUGGAAGUGGGCGGACUACAUUUGCUGGAGCCACAACAGCUACAAGUGCCAAAUCAUGUGCGUUCCUUUAUGGAGGCCGCGCCUGGCGGCGUCAUUUAUAUGAGUCUGGGUGCUGAAGUGCAAACAGCUCAGUUGCCCAGUGAGAAGUUGUCGUCAUUGCUGGACGUCUUUACGCACCUCAGGGAAUUUCAUUUUCUGCUGAAAUGGGAGACGGAAGAGUUUAUACAGCCGCUACCCGAUAAUAUUAUGAUAAACAGCUGGUGGCCCCAGGAGGCAAUAUUGGCGCAUCCACAGGUCAAGCUAUUUAUCAGCAGCUGCGGCCAGCUGAGCGUUUGGGAGUCCAUUGCGGGUGAUACGCCCAUACUUGCCAUACCCAUAUUGGCGGAGCAGGAGGUGCUGGCCAAGCGGCUGCAGCAGAAGGGCGCAGCGCUAAUAGUCGACUACGAUGCUAUUGCUUAUGAUGCACUGCUUCACAGCAUACGGCAACUAACGCUCAAUGUGAGUUAUGUGCAGCAUGUGGCCAGGCUGAAGGCGCGGUUAAACGUUGGAAACUCGGAGGCUUCCGCUAGAGCGCUCGGCUACAUUGAGUUGAUAUUGGGCACAGGCGGUGCGGAUUUUCUCAAAUCGCACGCAAACUCUCUCAACUUUUGGCGUACCGAAGGCUUGGAUGUGUUACUGCUUAUUGCGCUGGGCAUUUUUGGCAUUUUGACUGUUCCGUUCGUGGCCACUUGCUGCAUACUGCGCAGAUCCUACUACAGCCAGGCGGCGCAGGAUCAACAGCAGCAACCGUAUCGCACCAUGCUCAAGGCCGUGGGUCGUAUGCACAGCUACGGGAAUCCCAGCAGCUGCACUACUGCCGGCACAUCGGAGCCGUUGAGGAGGACGCGUUCGGCCCAAUCGCUAUCGGCUCGCUCCAGUUGCUCCAGCUUCAGUUCGGCAACACCGUCUAGCAAUUCGUCGAGCAAUUCGACAACCCCGCUCGAUCUGACACCACCGCCGCCGUCUGCCACAGUCGUGCCCUCCCUGCGGCUGUACGUCAACCAGGGAGUUUAUGCAACACAAAAGACAUCACAUGAUGAGAGGAUGGAAAAAGCGUUUUUAUAGCCAUGCGGAUAGUUAUUAGCCUGGCUUAACGAUAUAUCUCUAGUUUUCACACCUUAUCACUAUGCAAACAUAUAUACUUCUAUAUAUAUACAUAUAUAAGAAGGAUAUGUUUUUAUCUAAUAUCUCGUAUAUCUAAUAAUUUAGGAAUGAUUUUAUGUAUCUGUAUUGGGUUGUGUUCCCGGAUAUUGUUUUUAUGUUAUAUUACAAAAAUAGUUCACAUACUUAGAACGUAGCCGUGAUACGACUUUAGAAAUUAUUUUGUGUGUUUUUAAGGUGUUAAGUGUGUUGUCCGACUCUAUAUAACAACAGUUAAAACUGA